AUGGCGUCUGAUGUCCAGUCGUAUACAGUUACACUUGAAGAUUUACAUUCGUCCAUUCAACGUUUUUGGGAAGUUGAAGAGGUAGAAGCUGUUCCGCAAACUUGCACCGAGGAAGAAGAAUGUGAGCAACAUUUUCAAGCUACACAUCGACGUGACACAACUGGUCGUUAUAUAGUUCAGCUACCUCUUCGGAAUUCAGUAUCUGAGCUUGGUGAUUCUCGUACGAUUGCGUUGAGGAGGUUUUAUGCAACGGAAAGAAGGCUCUCUAAGGAUCCUGAUUUAAGAAAGCAGUAUACAGAUUUCUUGACGGAGUAUGAAGCUCUCGGCCACUGCAAGGAAGUAUAUGAAGUAAACGAUACUCAAGAUAAGUUAAAAUGGUAUUUACCUCACCAUGCUGUUCUAAAGCCGUCGAAUACAACCACUAAGUGCCGUGUUGUGUUUGAUGGUUCUGCUAAAGUUUCCGGUUGCUCGCUCAAUGAUGUUUUACAAGUGGGCGCAAUCAAUCAGAGUGAUCUGCAAUCAAUCCUUUAUCGUUUUCCUACUAGAGCACUCCAUCAGCUUGCAAUCGAUGAAGGGACCAACUAUCUGUUGGCGGCUGAUGUUAUUAUGGAAAACUGCUAUAUUGAUAAUGCUCUUCUUGGUUUCGAUGAUUUUCAUAUUGCUUCCACAGCUCGAGAGCAGCUUAUUCACCUUCUUUCAGCUGGCGGAUUUCACUUACAUAAGUGGUCUUCAAACAGUCUCAAAUUGUUGGAGACAAUACCUGGCGCCGAUCGCGAAGAAUUGGUUACCAUAGGAACCGACGAAGUAAUAAAAACUUUGGGCUUGAUGUGUAAUCCGGCUGAUGAUGAGUUGAUAUUCAUUUCCUUGUCUUCGGUAAACAUGCAAAUUCCCACGAAACGGCAAGUGCUUUCGCUUAUUGCAUGGAUGUAUGAUCCUUUAGGUCUGGUGGCUCCAAUCAUCGUUAUCGGCAAGCUGUUGAUGCAGCGAAUAUGGAAGGAGAAUUGGGAAUGGGAUGAAACCAUCACUGGCGAAAUCCGAACCGAACUGGAAUAUUUCGUGCAGGCCAUUAGCGGUGUGAAUCAAAUCCACAUUCCAAGACAAGCAGUUGUUACGAAUGCUGCUACAUUUGAGCUUCAUGGGUUUGCAGAUGCUUCAAUGUACGCAUAUGGGGCAUGCGUCUUCGUGCGGUCCGUUGUUCCUGGAACAGAAGUUGUUAUGAGAUUAUUAUGUGCCAAAUCAAAGAUAGUACCGAAGAAUGUACUUACCAUUCCACGUAAGGAGUUGUUAGCUGCUCGACUGUUGCACCACUUGGUUAAAAAGAUUCUUUCCGCUUUGACUACUGCUUUCGAGGAAAUUGUUUUAUGGUCUGACAGCCAAAUUGUUCUUGCAUGGCUGCAGAAAACUCCCAGCCGACUAGAUGUAUUUGUUGCUAACCGAGUGAAUGAGAUUAUCGCUAGUGGUGAGCGAUUUCGUUGGAGAUAUGUAAGCACCAAUCAUAAUCCUGCUGAUGUGGUAUCGCGUGGCCAACCUGCUGAUAAAUUGGCAAGGAACGAUCUUUGGUAUACAGUAAUAGAAAUCGAAAUUCUAUCCUUGUUCACUAAGUACGAGUCGUUCAGAAAGCUACAACGUGUUUUGGCGUACGUUUUGCGGUUUUGUCGAAACUGUAAGGAGUCGGUUAAGGAGAAUCGUGUAUUGGAGCAGUUUCCUACCGUUUUCGAAUUACGAUCAGCAAUGAAUACUAUAGUGCGUGUCACGCAGCAUCAAAGCCUUGAUGAUGAAAUUAUGAGACUGAAGGCAGGUAAGCCUUGCAAGCGCAUCUGGAAUUUGUGUCCUAUUCUUGAUGAUGGGUUGUUGCGGGUGGGUGGAAGACUGCGCAACUCUAAUCUACCAUUCGAAAGCAAACAUCAAUUGAUAUUACCCAAUAGUAACCGAACAGUUGAAAGUUUUAUUAUGACCAUCCACCAAGAAAAUCUCCAUGCUGGUCCGUCUGCCCUGAUGGCAAUAACUCGAAGACAAUUCUGGAUUCUUAAAGCAAGAUCAACAUUCCGUAAGGUAACCCGAAGUUGUGUAAAAUGUUUUAAAUUAAAACCUGUAAUGGCUCAUCAAUUCAUGGGAGAUUUACCUGCAAGUCGUUGUGACAGAGCGCCAGCAUUUCAAAAGGUGGGAGUCGACUUUGCAGGGCCCAUUUUAGUGAAACAAACAGGACGCAAGGCGGCACCUGUGAAGGGUUAUAUUUGCCUAUUUGUUUGCUUAGUUACCAAGGGUCUCCAUCUAGAAGCAGUUGAAAACCUUUCUUCUGAAACCUUUAUUGCUGCAUUAGUACGAUUUGUUUCACGAGGAGGAAUACCUGAAGAUCUGUUCUCGGACAAUUGGACGCAUUUUGUCGGCGCAAAGCAUGAACUACAUGAGUUAUACAAGCUGUUUGAGCAGCAAUUAACUAAGCGGCAAUUAUUCGAUUUUUGCCAUCCUCGCCAAAUUCGCUGGAGAAUGAUACAUGGGAGGGCUUUGGGAGGCUGGAGUUAA